AUGGCCAGUGGAGAGGGCGAAGAGGGCGGCUGGGGCCUGUUUGAGGAGCCUGCCGACUUUCGGCCCAAGACCCCGCCCCCGACCGAGGUCACGCAGCGGCUCGUGGACGGCUCCGAGGCCCGCCUGCGUCUCGUCGGCACGCACCCUUUGUGGGGCCACUAUCUGUGGAACGCGGCGCCGACGAUGGCCGACUAUCUGCAGACCUAUGCGAGCCACUUUGUGCGUGGCAAGUCGAUCCUCGAGCUCGGCGCGGCGGCGGGCCUGCCUUCGAUUGCCGCGGACCGCGCGGGUGCGGCGCACGUCGUCGCGACCGACUACCCCGACCCCGACCUGAUGGAGAAUCUGCGGAUCAACCUCGCGCAGAAUGCGUGCACGAAUGCCUCUGCGCGCGGCUACAUUUGGGGCGCAGACUGUGCGCCGUUACUCGAGGACGUGCCGUCGUACGACGUGGUGCUCAUGUCGGACUUGAUCUUUAAUCACCAGGCGCACCCUGCGCUGCUCGAUACGUGCGACGCAUGUCUCACGCGCGACGCUACGCGGGCGCCGUGUGUGCUCGUGUUCUUCUCGCACCACCGGCCCCACCUCGCAGACAAGGACCAGCACUUUUUCACGCUCGCCGAGGAGCGUGGCUACCGCUGCGAAAAAAUCCGCGAAUGGAGAUUGCAGCCUAUGUUUCCCGAAGAUCCCGGAGAUGCCACGGUCCGUGCUACCGUGCACGGCUGGCUGCUGACACGUGUGCCAUGCGGCGUGCCAGGGCGCAAUAGCGACCCAUAG